UUAAAAAGUAUAAAUAGGACAAAUUAAAAAAGAAGUAUUGACAACGACGACAUACUAGUACCAAUACUAGCCACGUACCGAAUUCAGAUACAUCACCAGUUUACAAAUGCUUUAGAGGUUAAUCCAUAUUUUAUAUAAAAGAUUAUUCACAUGUUCUGAUUCGGUAGAGACGUUUCAAAGACACUUGUUUCAAGUGCUUACGCUGAAAAUACGCGAAGUGCUUAAACUUGCGUCAUUGAUGUUACACAGUUAUACGUAGUUUUGUCCUCUGGAAUCUAGAUUUGAGACAAGCAUCUAUCUCCAUUAACGACAAUAAGGUUUUAUCCUUUAUUUUUUCUUCCAACGAUACAUUACUUCAUAAUUUGAAACACAAUUCACUGGCUUAGACUUAUAGCAACUUGUAUAUCAGGACCAGGUUCUCAAUUAUAGUGACAAUUCACUGAGUCAUAAUUUCACUACAAGAUAAUGAAAAAUAUUCCACAUUUAUUUUAUUUAUCUCUUUGAAAAAAUAUCAUAUUCGAGACGUCUUAAGCCUCAGGAUCCACGACACGAUCAAUAUUGUUUCAGUAAGAAUUCAAACAUCUCUCUCGAGAAGACUCGGAUACUAUAAAUAAAAGCCACACAGAUUACCAAUACUUCUUACACGAAGAUAAGUAAAUAUAUUAACAAAGCCAUUCCUCUGUUUCAAGGCAUAGUUCAUAGUUCGUACCUUUCUUUUUCUAUGCUCACAUCCAAUUCCAAAACUAACUUCAUUUUCUCUUUUUUCAUGCUCCAAAUUUCAAAAACCUCUUCAGUUUUCACUAAAUCUUCACCUUCUCAAUUCUCUUCUUACAAAUCCAUAGUUUCUCUUGCUCCUCUACAAAACCUAGAUCCAAUUCCCUUUCAAUAAAAAUCACAAUCAAAACAAAAUCAAAAAAAUUAAAAAAGAAAUGGAGUCGUUAAGUUUCAAUCUCCAAGCAGAGAAAUUAAACGCAAUUCUAAAAAAUCGAAAGCUUCAAAGAAUCACAGGCUUAUUACGAAUCAUUGAAGUAUUUAUUGUUUUGAUUUUAAUUUCAAGAAUUUCUAUGAAACUACCGAUUGCAGUGAGAAACUCAAGCGAGUAUUUAAGAGACUUUUCAAUCUUCAUGAACAGUCCUCGAUUUGUUUUUCUCAUCGGAAACGUAAUAAUCAUCACGCUUUUCGCUCAAGGUUUCGGAAAAAACGUUCCAAAAGAACUAGAACCUGAAAAUAUUUACGAAAUGUUAGUUCGUAAAAGUAUAAAGCACGAAGAAAAAGAUGAUAGCAAAGUGAAAGAAGGUGAUAGCGUAGUGGAAGAAAAAAUAAUGAAAAGAGGGGUGAAGAAGAGUUAUAGAAGGUGUGAGAGUGAGAUAUUGAAGAAACGACGUCGUGUUAUGCGGAGGUGUGAGAGUGAGAAUAACGGAUGGAAAAGGAUUGAAGGUGCUCCUGUUGUUGAGGAGGAAAUGGUGAGGAUUUCGUAUCCGGAAGAUGAGAUGAGUAAUGAGGAAUUUCGUCGUACUGUGGAAGCUUUUAUUGCUAGGCAACAGAGGAUUCGAAGGGAAGAAGAUGAUUAUUCAUCUUCUUUGAUUUAGAAAAUAGUACUAUUAGUGUAAUUAAUUAAUAGUCUCUUGUGCAUAAUUAAUUGAUGAUAUAUGAAGUAAUAUAUAAUCACAGUAAUAAAAUACCUAGAUAUUAACUUUCCUUUCUAAAUAAAUCACAAGUUAUAAUUAGAUAUUAACUUUCCUACAUCACUUCAAUAUAGUUGGUGUAAUGGUGUUGGUGUCUUACAUAGGUUGAAACAAUAGUUUUUGACAUGUUAGAUAGCAAACAAAAGUGAUAAAUGUUGUUGUUAGAUUUUUAUUUUAUUUAAAGAUGUUUAUAGCAUUUUAUUCAUAA